UCGGCCGAAGGAUCGCACUGCAGUCGUCUGUCGCGGCAACGACGCGCGCCCGCGACCACGCGCCCGCUCGCGUCGAAGGAUCUCCUUACGUAAUAACUAAUCUGAUCGAACCGCUCAUCCGAUUAUCGAUUGUGAACAAGUGAACUUUACUUAUCUAUGUGCGAGUUUCGUAAAUUUUUUCGCGCCUCAAAGUGAACUCGUCUUGUGCGCUCUGUGUUAUGUUAUUGUUUUGUUUUCGCACAGACUCGAAACAUUAUUUUUGGGCGUAGCUGACUGUGUUUGAUUUUGAAAUAUUUUUGUUGAUGACAUUGUGAGUGUUUCUCGAACGGCUCUUUCUUAAACGAUUACAAAGUUUUGGUGAUUUAUUUGACUUGUAGUGUUAUGUGGACGUCAAAUAAUCGUAUCUAAAGUGACAGUAACUUUUGUUAAUUGUCGUCAGGCACAACACAAUAAGAAACUGACGUUAAACAAAGAAACGGCACGCGAACGAAAAAAAAGAACAAUUCAAAUUCGAACAUCGAUACUGGCAAUCGAAAAGUUUGAUGAACUGACCGCAUAGAGAGAACUGUCGUCUAUUGGUAUGAAAAUGUGGCGUUCGAUGUUUGAAUUAGGCGUAUGCGCCUCGAGAGGGUGACGGGUCAUUAUGCGCCGGGAGUGAGCGCGGUGCGGACGUCCGGAUGCACCCGACCGGCGCGGCCAGCCUGCCCGCCGCACCCGAGGCGGAGGUGCAAGCUAUGCACUCGAUGGACUGGCUCUUCAAGAAGGAAAGGAUAUAUCUCCUAGCGCAGUUCUGGCAACAGCGAGCUACCCUAGCAGAGAAGGAGGUGACGACGCUGAAGGAACAGUUAGCCACAACCAGCCCGACGCCACUCCAAGCCACAGUCCCUCCUAAAACCAAUGGCUCCCACAUAGAGUCGACGAGAGACCAGGCAACAGAAACUAGAAUACCUGAACGUUUUAGUCCAGAUAUUAAAGAAGAGAAACGAAGAUCGCCAGAUAUUGAUGAGGAUAUAGAACAAAAAAUAGAAAUGGCGGCAACUGCGAGGAGUAACAGCAACUCCUCCAGGAGCAGCCCCGUGGUCAAUCAGAGCAGCAGUUUGGAGAAUGAGCUGGCUGCUAAAGAAAAAGAGAUUGCUCAACUAGUAGAAGACGUGCGACGUCUCCAAGCUUCACUUUCAGCGCUGCAAGAAGCGCAUGCACAGCAAUUGCAGCGACUGGAAGAAAGGCUGGAUGAGAAGAAGCAGCACAUCGCCAGACUCGAAGCGAGGCUGGACACACAACGAGACUAUGACGACAUUAAACGAGAAAUCAGCAUGCUCCGUUUCUCGGAGCUGGGCCCUACCGAGAGGCCACACUCACAUACACUACCUAAAGACAUAUUCGGAUCACAGAAUCAUUUACUCCGGUCUAUGGACUUGGGUCCAAAUGAGCGAGUAGAGCGCAAGGAGGCGCUCCGCUCGCCCGCUGCGCCCGCGCACCGCGACAGCUCCACCGAGCGAGAACGCAGCACGGAGCGACGAGACACCGGUGGCGACGAGUGGCCGAGCACACCGCCCCCUCUCAACAACAACACCACGCAUCACAACAACAACGGGCCAAUUCCGUUGCCGUUGCCGCCGCCGAGCCCGUUCCGUUUCGAGGAGCACCGCCCGUACCGGUUCGCAGAGGACAUGGGCCCCCUACCUCCUGGCGCACUCGUUGGCCGCCUCGGGGACUCUCUCAUACCUAAAGGCGAUCCCAUGGAAGCAAGACUGCAAGAGAUGCUCAGAUACAAUAUGGACAAAUACGCGAAUUCAAACUUGGACACCUUGCACAUAAGCCGACGGGUGCGGGAGUUGCUAUCGGUGCACAAUAUUGGACAGAGGCUCUUUGCAAAGUACGUCCUCGGCUUGUCCCAGGGGACCGUGUCGGAGCUGCUCUCGAAACCGAAGCCCUGGGACAAAUUGACUGAAAAGGGGCGAGACUCGUACAGGAAAAUGCACGCGUGGGCCUGCGACGAGGCUGCCAUCAUGCUACUGAAGUCACUUAUUCCUAAAAAAGUUGGGACAAAAGAUGGUUCUGCGGGUACAGGGUUUGGAAGGCCGGAGGGUGAAGGCGAUGAGCGCCUCGCGCAUAUGCUCAACGAGGCCUCCCAUAUGAUGAAGACGCCUACAGGUCAGCCUAACAAUGAUGACUCCAGGAGCAAUGAAGACUCCAGCUCACCGAGAACACAGUGCCCAUCACCUUUUUCUAAGGAUUCCAGUCAAAAUAGACGGCUAAAAAAGUACGAAAAUGAUGACAUUCCCCAAGAGAAGGUAGUCCGUAUAUACCAAGAAGAAUUGGCAAAAAUUAUGACCAGGAGAGUGGAAGACAUGCGUCACAACCGUGAAGGCUUUCCUGGUGUGUUUCCUCCUUUUUUUAGUGGCGGUAUGCCUCCGCAUAUGGAGAGGCCACCGGAGGACAUACGCAUGGCCCUCGAAGCGUAUCACCGAGAACUUGCCAAAAUUCAGCCGGGUGGCAACAUUCCAAACCUUCAUAAUAUGCCAGGAAUGCCACCGUUUCCUAAUCUUCUCGCUCUGCAGCAGCAAGCUUUGCAAGCGCAGAACCAGCACAUGAACGGGUCUGGAGCGGUCCAAGAUCUCUCCUUGCCCAAAGAUAAAAAUACCAAAAUAAAUGGAUUGACUGAUAGUGAUAAGGAUAGAUCUAUGGACGCAGAGGAGGCUAUUAGGCACGCUGGAAGUGCUUUCUCAUUAGUUAGACCAAAAUUAGAGCCUGGACAACAAUCGACAGGAUCGUCAGCAUCCAGUCCGCUUGGCAACGCGAUACUCCCUCCAGCGAUAACACCAAACGACGACUUCAGCAAUUCUGCUGCUGCUAGUCCGUUACAACGAAUGGCAUCGAUAACAAAUAGUCUCAUAUCACAGCCUCCGAAUCCACCUCACCACGCGCCACCACAGCGAUCGAUGAAGGCGGUUCUUCCGCCAAUAACACAGCAACAGUUUGAUCUCUUUAAUAACUUAAACACGGAAGAAAUCGUCAAGAGAGUUAAGGAAGCUUUAAGCCAGUACUCUAUAAGCCAAAGACUGUUCGGUGAGUCUGUGCUCGGAUUAUCACAGGGAUCUGUUAGCGACUUACUAGCGAGACCUAAGCCAUGGCACAUGCUAACACAAAAAGGGAGAGAACCAUUCAUCCGAAUGAAAAUGUUCUUAGAAGACGACAACGCUGUACAUAAAUUGGUUGCAUCUCAAUAUAAAAUUGCCCCGGAGAAGUUAAUGAGAACCGGAAAUUAUAGCGGAGCUCCUCCUUGUCCGCCAAACAUGAACAAGCCGAUGCCGCCAACUCAGAAAAUGAUCUCAGAUGCGACUUCCUUGCUUAGCAAGAUGCAACAAGAACAACUUCUUAGUUCGGGUCAUUUAGGUCACCUCGGCCAGCCCACACCCCUCCUUCUUACGCCGCCUGGAUUUCCGCCACACCAUGCAGUAACAUUACCGCCCCAACACCACGAUAACAAUAACAAAGAAAGAAAACCACCGCCGCCGCCACAGCCUCACCACCAACCACCAGUGAUGCGCGGCCUCCAUCAACACAUGUCUCCCAGUGUAUACGAGAUGGCUGCAUUGACUCAGGAUCUCGAUACUCAAACGAUCACUACAAAGAUCAAGGAAGCUCUUUUAGCGAACAAUAUUGGCCAGAAGAUAUUCGGCGAAGCCGUGCUAGGUCUGUCGCAGGGAUCAGUUAGUGAACUUUUGUCGAAACCGAAACCUUGGCACAUGCUCAGCAUCAAGGGCCGAGAACCGUUUAUAAGAAUGCAACUGUGGCUAAGCGACGCUCACAAUAUCGAUCGUCUUCAGGCUUUGAAGAACGAGAGACGCGAGGCGAAUAAACGGCGAAGAUCGAGCGGGCCCGGCCAAGAUAAUUCUUCAGACACAUCAUCCAAUGAUACAUCAGAAUUUUAUCAUUCGAGCUCACCGGGACCCACUUCGGGCGUUCCGUCGGCAAAAAAGCAACGGGUUUUAUUUUCAGAGGAACAAAAAGAGGCCCUGAGACUAGCGUUCGCGCUCGAUCCUUACCCGAACACACCCACUAUCGAGUUUCUAGCGGCUGAACUAGGACUCUCGACCAGAACGAUAACGAAUUGGUUUCACAACCAUCGUAUGCGACUAAAACAGCAUGCGCCGCACGGCUUGCCGGCCGAACCGCCAGCACGAGAUCAAACUGCGGCGCCUUUCGACCCCGUUCAGUUCCGGCUCCUCUUAAACCAGAGGCUACUUGAAUUGCAAAAAGAGAGAAUGGGUCUUGCCGGUGUUCCGCUUCCGUACCCUCCAUAUUUUGCAGCAAACUCAAAUUUUGCGGCUCUGAUCGGGCGAGGCCUGCUACCUCCCGAAGAGCGCGUCAAGGAUCCGACCAGUGGCCUCGACCUUUCGAUGCCCCUGAAACGCGAGCCCGAUGGCGACGAUUUUGAAGAUGAUGACGUCGAGAGCAACCUCGGUUCAGAUGACUCGCUGGACGAGGAAUCAAAGAACGAGCCGAAGGCAGCUUCGACGCCCGCCAGUCGUUCCAAUCGGAGGAAACCAGCGGCGCCACAAUGGGUAAAUCCCGACUGGCAGGACGAGAAGCCACGGAAUCCGGACGAGGUGAUCAUCAACGGCGUAUGUGUGAUGAGAAGCGAUGACUUCCGGCGCGAGGCUGAGGAGACGGUGCGCGUGGAGCCGUCGCCCGUGCCCCGCGAGCCCUCCCCCGCCGCCUCGCCCGCCUCCCGCGCCUCGCGCGCCUCUCCCGCCUCGCUCGCGUCGCACGCGCGCAGUCUCGCGCGCACUCCGGACGUGCUGCCCGAGGACAAGAUCAAGACCGAGGCAGAGGACGACCGAUGGGACUACUAGGCCCGGCCGGCCGUGGGUUCAGUGCAGUGUUGCGGACGAUUAUUUAUUGUAGGCUAAGUGAGCGAUCCCCCGCGCGACCGCGUGCAGUCCGCAGUCCGCGCGAGAUGUGUUCUGUUAUGAUUCGAUUGUAAGGCCAAAGACUCUGUAAAUAGUGCAGCCGUGCGCGACGCGUCUCGCGGUGUGGCGGAGAACUUACGAUACAAAAGUUGCAUUUUGCUUUAAUUUUUAUACACGACGGUACCCUGAUCAGGUACAAAUAUCUGAGUAUUUUUAAGUUACGGCUUAGUAAUUUUUAUUCGAUUAUUGUAAAUAAAUAUACCAAAUAUGUAUCGAUGUAGCCGGAGAGCCACGAUCCUGUAUAUAUGUACGUAGGCUAGGAGUACGUUGUAUUCUAUUGAAUAAAGUUUAUCGUUGCCGAUAUUUAGGGCUAGAGGUUCAUUUAAUAGUUAAAAAUUUGAAGUGCAAUCAGAUGUAAAGUUAAGCUAUGGUCUAUACUAAACCCCAGUUGAAAAGUAUUAUUAUGUUUAUAUGAACCGGUAAGGUUUAAAAUAUUAUAAUUGGUUUACUCGAGUUUUACAUUUAAAUUAUGAAUUUUUAUUUUAAUUCUAUGUUUUUUUUUCUUUAUAUUAUUUUAUAAAGUACGAGAAAGCUUCGUCAAAUGAAAUUUUCCGCAGACACGCAACUGUCUUAAAACUAUUUUCUGUCCUUAGAGUAACGAGAGUUGUAAUAUUUUUUUUAUAUUUUUAGAGAACGUACAAAUCUAGACAGAAAUAAAAUACAUUAAAAUUAAGCAAAUGUUGUAUUGCUUGAGGUUAUAGUUUUUAUUUUAUUUUUAGCAAUAAAUUUGCUUUUAAUCUAAUUUCGUUUUAUGUUGUUUUAUUUUUCGUUUUCUUUCCUUUUAUUUUACCUUUUUUUUUAAAUAGGAGAUAGUGUAAGUGUAUAUUGAAAGGAACCAGACUCCUUGCAUCAGUGUAUAUAGUUACUUAUAUAUUGUUUUUUGUAAAUACGAAAGCCACAUUUAGAUAAUUAAAUAGUUAAGUAGGAAAAUAGAAAUCAAUGAUUCCACGUGUUGUCUGGAAUUAUAUUGAAGUUAUUGACAUUCUGAAGUGUGACGAAACUUAAGUUGAAUAUAGACGUUAGAUCCUAAAUACGGAAAUUAACGCAAAGAACCGUCAAUAUUUAAAACAAAUAUAUAAUUAUGAAUGAACUUUUCAACGAUUAUUCAGUUUUUAGUAUUACCGAACACCAUACAUAUCGAUGUUAUAUAAAAAGUAUAUAAACGAAUAAGUUAUAUAAGAUUAGCGUGUAAUAGUCAAUAUAAUGAGACCCUUUAGGCUGUUUAACAGUUAUUUAUUAUCUUCAUUUUAAACUGGUAUGUUAACUCUUUGGAGAUAAUAUCAUUUCAAAAGUUGCUUUCUUCUAAGUUUUCGAUGUCUAUAGCUUUGCUUUAUGAUAAAUAUUUAUAUAAAUUUAUAAUACUGUUAUGAUCUGAGUAGGUACCGAGGAUAUUUUGAAAAUAUUGUUCUUUAUUUAUAGCACAAUAAUAGUUCCAGUUAACGGAUAAUAAGUUUUUAAUUUCAAAGCAACUUGUCAAUAUUAAUUAUUUCGCAGAUUAUAUUUCAUUCAAUACUGUUACAGAUUAUAUAAAACGAAGAUAUUCUUUAUUCAACAUUUUAAUAACUAACAAUAUUUGUUGCUUUGUUUAUAUUCAAAGUUUAAAUAUUAACAUAUCAAGACAAAAUAUUAUAAUAAACGGUAAAUUUAUGACAAACGCAAGUUUUUUGAACAUAACGACAUCGUUUUAUUCUAAUCUGUAAAUCUAGAUAGACUCUGGCUAAGGAAUGAAAUAUUCGCGGUCCCCUUAAAAUUGUAUUUUGGCCUCUUAUAUUUGAUUAUUCUGUUGAAAAUGAUGUAGCAAAUGAAACUGUACAUAAGUACUGUAGUGUCUAGGCGAUUACGUGCGUUAUCUCCAUUAUUAUAAUAUAGGAAUAAAAUUAUAGCGAUAAUUAUUAUUGUUCAUAUCAUAAUAUUAAUAAUAAUGACGCUGAAACCAUUGUCUUCUUUCUGAACAAUUUCUAAAGUUAUUAAAUUAAAAUAAAGAAAUUGCUAAUCAA